GGCGCAUAUAUGCCUUAAGAACACACUGUCUGCCGGGCUAAACAGACGUGCUUCCAUCUACCAAAGAUUUUUCUCCUUAAUUUUUUUUUAUUUGCGUUUUGAUUUAUAAUAUCUCAAUAAUAAUAAAAAAAAAUAUUAUUUUCUUCUUUUUAAUUUCAAAAUUCUUUUUUUUUUAACUGUGAAUUCCGUUUUUGGUUCUUCGCUAAUAUACGACCCUUAUAUCAUUGCGGCGCCAAAAUAUUUUUUGACUUAAAAAUGAAUUUUACAAUCUUGGAAUAAUUUUAAUUGACGAUUUUACAGUUUUUUUAGUGUUGUGUUUUAUUUUUACUUGACAAUUUUUGUAUAGAGUGAUAAGAAGAAAAUAGAGAGAGAGAAAAAAAAAUAUUAAUUUGCUUCAGCGAAAUGAUCGGUAGGCGAAACAAAGAGGCGAUAAAUUGGAUUCAUGGAAAGUAAAAUGAGACGGAUGAUGAUACUAUCGUAGAGUGAGAGAGAGAGAGAGAGAAAAAAAAUAGAGACCGAAGAAAAUAUGUAGCAGACAUACUUAAAACUUGGAGAAAAAAAAUGUGGUAGACACGUGUAUACAUUUGAAGAAUUUUAACUUCAACAAUAGAGGGAUAAAGUAAAAAAAGAAAAAAAAUGGAAGAUGAGAAAAAAACCUAAAAGUGGGGAAAAAAGGAAUUUUAAAUUUGAAAAAUACAAUGAUUUCCCGCUAUUGACCUUGAAUUUUUGUAAUUCAAAAAUGGCGGCUUGUCAUCCUCGACAACCACUUCAACAUCUGCAGCAUCAUCAUCAUCAUCAUAGUCAUCAUCAUCAUCAUCAUCAGUUGCAGCAAGAAUCAAAUACAACUAUUGGCCUUGGUGGUAUCACAUUGAAUGGUAUCACUCCUCAAACACAACAAAUUCAUCAACAGACCCACUAUGCUCAUCCACAUCGUUUGAAUUGGGUCUAUUUGACUAUUGCUGAUCAAACAACAUCCACGGAUCAGAGCAAAUUACUGUCUUCAACGUGGGGAAGUUUUCCGACAGCAACGCCACAAACUUAUCUUCAUCAAAGUCUUUUAAAUGCAUCGGGAACAAUUGGCUGCAAUUUAGGUGACAGUAUCGGCGAUUUGUCCGAACAUUUCACUGAACUUGGAAUCGCCGAUAGAAAACCAACGAAACGACCUCCCACAACUUAUAUGUGUCAUCUUUGCUUUAAAAAAGGACACUAUAUUAAAGAUUGCCCUCAGGCUCGACCAAAGGGCGAAGGUCUUACUCCAUAUCAAGGGAAAAAACGAUGUUUCGGCGAAUAUAAAUGUGCCAAAUGUAAGAGAAAAUGGAUGUCGGGCAAUAGUUGGGCAAACAUGGGCCAAGAAUGUAUCAAGUGCCAUAUAAAUGUCUAUCCACACAAGCAGAGACCACUGGAAAAACCGGAUGGAUUAGAUGUUUCCGAUCAAAGUAAAGUGCAUCCACAACAUUUAUGUGAAAAAUGCAAAACUCUUGGUUAUUAUUGUCGACGAGUUCAGUAAUUAAAAAAAAAAAAAAGAGAGAAUUUAUUCUUUUAUAUAUAUUAAAAACAGGUAUGAUUUUUUUUUUUAAUAAUUCAAAAUAUUAAUAUAAGGUCAGAAAUUAAUUUUUUAAAUAAAAUUUUUUACAUGUUAAAAAAAUUAAUUUUUUAAUAGUUAAAUAAAAUAAAAAGAAGAAAAUUUUUUUUUAAAGAAUUCGAAAUAGAAAUUUUAUUUUCUUUUGGCUCCAAAGAAGUGAAUUU